AGGACGCUCCUCGAGCGGCGGGCCCUCCCGCUGUUCCGCUUCUUCUGCGCCUGCUGCGCCUCGACAUGCGCGGCGUACAACCUGAUCCAGCUCGUCCUGGAGCCCAGGGAGGGCAGGUGGGCUGCCUUCCUCGUCGUGUCGAUGUUCUGCCUCACCAUCCCCGUGGCAUGCAUGUCCCCGAGGCUGUUCACGUCUUGCGGGCAGCGUUUCGAACAGCUCAUCGUGAUCUUGCUCAUGUUUUCGCUUGUCUUCAAGCACUUAUACGACUAUGCCGCUGACAACACGGGCGCUCUCUUCAACACAUACGUGCCCAUGUUCAUUGUGGCUUUUGCCCGUAUACGUUUCAUCAAUCUUGCGUUGGUUUUGUGUUUCCAUUUGACGUUGAUCGUAAUAUUCUAUUUGUUCCUUGCGGAGGACGGAGUCUUGGACUUGGAGGGGAUCAGCUCUGGCAUUGGCGCAGAGUACCUUGUGCUUAUGCUCGGGACAGUAGGUCUCGCCCUUUACUACUGCUAUCAACACGAGGUGCUGAUGCGGAAGGACUGGUUUAUCCUCGACACCAUGGCCCACUCCCGCCAUGAAGGCCUCGAGAUCCUGAAGGGCAUGUUCCCCGAGGAGGUUGUCAACCAUGUUCUGUUCAAGAUCGGCGGCCGCGGCAUGCUCUCCCAAAAGCUGCUGAAGGACCGGGUGGCCUCUGUGCUAUUUUUGGACAUCAUGGACUUUGACGACCUCGUGGGCGUCCUGGCGCCCGAGGCGCUCGUCCGGCUGCUGGACCAGGUCUGGAGCCUCCUGGAUCGGCUGUGCGAGCGCAGCGGGGUGGCCAAGAUCGAGACGGUCGGCAAGACCUACAUGGCCGCGGCGCUGCCCGACGGCCCGGCGGAGCCCGCCAGCGGCCCCGCCCAGCAGGCCCGGGACGCGGUCCGUGUCGUGACCACGGCCAUCUCCAUGCUGGAGGAGCGGGCGCGCCGCUUCAUCGGCUCGUCGGAGGACGGCGGGGCCGCACAGGUGUCCGUCAGGAUCGGGGCUCACACCGGCCGCGUCUUGAGCGGCGUGGUGGGCGCGUGGAAGCCGCAGUUCGCGUUGUUCGGCGACACCGUCAACACGGCCUCGAGGAUGCAGAGCACCGGCGUACGCAACGGCCUCCACGUCUCCGGCGCCACGUGGGAACUGCUCCAGCACGACACCCGCAUGGAGUGGGAGGCGCGGAAGACGCAGGUUAAGGGCAAGGGGUUGAUGGACACGUACUUGCUCAAGAGAUACAGCCGCAAGGGGCUCAAGCUGGCCAAGAGCGCCUCGACUUGCUCGAGGGGCACGGCCAGGUCGGAGCUGGUCAAAAGCGCAUCGACGUGCUCGAGGGGCACGGCCGGAACGGCGGCCAGCUUCCACGAUUUCAAGGUGUCGCCCUCGUCAAGGAAGACGUCGGUGUCGUCCCUCCUGAGCAGCUUGCCGCCCGUGCGGGUGCCGUCGAUACUGUCCGACCUGAACCCCGCGUCGCCCCGCAGCCUGGGCGACCCCGCCGGGCACUGGGACGCCGACGAGGAGGACGAGGAGGAGGAGGAGGAGGAGGAGGGCGCCGGGGGCACCGCGGGCGCCCCAGAUGCCCCCGAGCUGCUGCACUGGGCCCAGCUCCGGGGCCGGAGCCGCACGAGGGGGCUCGAGGAGCGGUCGUGCCCCUGGCGGCACGCGCGCAGCCUCGCGUGGCUCGCCCGCGGUCUCCUGUGCCCGCACUGGGGCCAGGGCCAGCUCGGCUCCUCCAUCCCGGGCAGCGCCGAGGGGGCCACCAGCAGGCA